UCUUUGAAAGCAGCAUUACUUCCACUGACUUGUUGCUCAACGGAAGAAACGCCCCCUCCUGCCGCUCACCUCUCCCCGUGUAUUUGAGCUGCAGCUCGGCCACAGCUCUCUCACACUGCUCGCCUGCUUGGACUUGGACAUGGCUGCAAACAGGGUGAUCGUAUACGGAGGGAGAGGAGCUCUGGGCUCCAAGUGUGUCCAGCAUUUCAAGUCCAAUGGCUGGUGGGUUGCCAGCAUCGACAUGGCUGCAAACGAGGAGGCGAACGAAAACGUGAUAGUGAAGAUGAGCGAGUCUUUCACGGAGCAGGCCGGACAGGUGACAGCAGAUGUGGCUCAGUUGCUGGGGGAACAGAAAGUGGAUGCCAUCUUGUGUGUGGCAGGAGGAUGGGCGGGAGGAAGCUGUAGCUCCAAAGAUUUAUUUAAAAACACAGAUAUGAUGUGGAAGCAGAGCGUGUGGACCUCCACUAUCUCCAGCCGCCUCGCCGCUCUGCAUCUCAAACCAGGAGGGCUGUUGACUUUGGCCGGAGCUAAAGCAGCUCAGUCAGGCACCGGAGGGAUGGUGGGAUACGGCAUGGCCAAAGCUGCAGUCCACCAGCUGUGUCAGAGUCUUGCAGCAAAGAACAGUGGGAUGCCAUCAGAAGCUGCUGCUGUGGCCAUACUACCGGUUACCUUGGAUACGCCGAUGAACAGGAAGUUCAUGCCUGACGCAGAUUUCGGCUCCUGGACGCCGCUGGAGUUCAUUGCAGAAAUGUUCUUUAACUGGGCCACAGGAGCGAACCGGCCAGCUUCAGGUAGCCUGAUGCAGCUGCUGACCUCCGGAGGGGAAACCCAGGCUGUGCCAGCUGAGUAGAGGACAGAGAGGAGCUGUGGAGACGGUGAUGUGGAGUUUGGUGGGGGAGGGAGAGAUGGAUGGAAGCGGAGCGAGGGAGAGAUGAGAGGUAGAACCCCAAAGAUAAACAGUUAGAAAGAGGAGGAGGAGGAGGAGGAGGAGGAGGAGGAGGAGGAGGAGUAAAGAGUGAUGAAGAGGGUUGCAGGUGCAGAGGUGAGGAGGAGAUGGUGACGAAGAAGAGCUGAGUAAAAUAAGAAGGUGGGAGGUGGGUUUGUUUUUGUUUUUUUUACUAAGGAGGAGGGGCUGUCCAAACAAACGCAGCCCCACAGCGCCAUCUAGCGGAGAGUCACAGUACUUAUGCCAAAAGUCAAUCAGACCAUCUAAAACCUCCAGAAAUGACCAGUUUGUAGCACAUUUGAAGUCAUUCAUCGCUCCUGAACAACAAUUUAAAGAUGUAUUCAAAUCUAUUCCUCCAAAGAUCAGUGGAAUAAUUUAAAUUUGAAACCUUUGAGAUCAAACUGUGUAUGAAUUCCCUUUUCUGGUGGUCACUGAUAAAGGUCAAUAUGAAAUGUUUACUGUAUCGUUGGAAUUAUGUCAUGGAAGUGUUAUUACAAUCAUCAUUAUGUAAAAUUAAUGAAAUACUGUCCUACCAUUUCCCAUAUUUCCCUCUAUAAGGACACUGUAGCUUCAUUACAAUCAUUCAGUCAUCUUCAGUGUUGUCUCCAGCUUUCUGUCAGUGAUCUGUAGAGAUUUAAUUUUAGACUGUGUAUCGUCCCUGAACGUUCCUCUACCACUGUGGGUUCACAAAGUCAAAGAAAGCCGCUGUCAUUUCUCACACGGACAAUACGCUCUAAAGUGAAGUGGCCUUAUUUUAUGUGUGUCACUGUCCAGUCAAAGUGUCCUUGUUGUCCGCUGUGUGCAGAAGGUGCUCUGUUCCCUUUGUCAGUUUUAUAAGUUGUGUAAUGAAACUGUGUCCAGUUCACAAUAAAAAGAGUCAUAAUAAUGGA